AUGAACUAUAUGAACGUUGUUGCUACAUCCGCCUCGGCUAACACUUCUAGCUCUGCUAUCACUUCGACGAAUAGUUUGCUUCAACCUAAGAUAGACUUCACCUCUUCUGGACUUAUGCCAACUAACUCGACAGCUCUCGAUGUUAAUUCAUUUUUAGUGAAUGGUUUGUGUCUAUCUACUUCGACUAAUUCGGCUGGUAACAUGGAUUCGCUUCCUAUUGCUCAUGCCACCGUUAAAGAAGCUGAAAAGAUUGGGCCUUCAACAGCGCCUGUUAAACUUGUGGCAUUCUUACCUAGCUGCUUGGUCUCUAAUCCCGACUCCAAAUGGUCGACCCCUGGCUUGGAGAUCGGACAAAGAUCCAUUGUAGGUCUCGGUUCUGGAUCCGGUGUUGAUUUUUCUCCCUGCUCACUGGUUAACUUUGGACAUGAUCUAGGAAGUUCAGGAGCAAGAACUGGACCAGGCACAGUUAUUGGUCUUGGUUCCGGUUACCAGAAAAAUGAACCCUUAGAAAAACAAGUACUUUUUAUGAUGCAUCGCGUGGCUGGCUGCGAUUCUUCUCUUAGUUUAACUCAUCUUGACCGUUCAUGUUUGGAGGCUCAGAAUUCGUGUGUUGCUGAUACGCCAAUUAACAACCUAAGAAUGUGGGCGCCAAACGAGAUAGAGACUGAGGCUUCGAGGCAAUCUCAGCUCCCUCCAUUUCAACAAAAACAGUCUGGCUCUGAUUCCCAGCUAUACUCUUGCUCUGCAAAUCCCCUUUCUCAAUAUCAUAGUGGCAAUCAAUCACGAACUAGUCAACCCCAGUUUGGUGGCCAUCUUGCACUGCCGUCUUCUUCAUGUCGGGUUCGAUCAGACGUGCCCAUACCUGAUGGGUCUAAUAAUAAUGAUCCUAUUAACACCUCCAGGUAUGUUUGGAGCUACUAA